GGCGUGCCUGGGUGGGGCUUCAGCUAGCUUCAUUCAGAUCAUUCAAUACAGUCCUACUCCUAUGGCAAACACAGAUGCUCCAGAAUACAUUAUACUUAAAGAUCAUCUCGCUGAUGUUAUUGAUUUAUUAGCUGGGAAUGCUCCAGUCAUUACACAAUUUUCAAACCACCUCUUCUCAUCUGGUCUCAUUCCUAAAGAGGUACAUCUCAAUCAGAAGAGAAGUCCUUUAGAUAGAGCCACUCAACUUAUUAAUUCAGUUUUUUCUACAAUUGGAGCUCAUUCUGAUCCUAGCAGUGUCUUCCGUGGGCUUGUUACUUCAUUGGAAAAGGUUGGCCUCACUGACAUGGCUAUGAAACUUCAGCAAAGUCUUGGAGUAAAGACCCACAUCCGGCCACUUAAAGCAGCCAUUUCCCAAUCACCAACUGUGAUUCAAUUCAGCUCUAAAGAUGAAGUAGCACAAAACAUUGAUAGUCUCUACGACCAAUUUUCUGACCUUGUUACAGAUCUUAGGAAUCGAUUUGAAGAAUUAGUAUCCGAGGGUAAAUUAAAAUUAAUACAAGUUGCUCGACAAGCUGCAGAAUAUUUACGAAGGCCAGUGAAAAGCUUACAAGCAGAUGACAUUGAUGAAUUAUUUGACUCUCUUCAGCCUCAUUAUGAUUUUCUCAACUGUAGCUUACUUAGAAAGCUCAUCAAUAAGUUUCUUGCUGGUGAUGAAUUGCAGUUGUCUUUAUCACAAUAUAUUGGUAGUAUGGAUAACCUUUUAGAAUUAUCCCAAUUGAAGCACAUUCGAUCAGCCAUCAAAGAAAAGCUACUGUUUUUAUCAUCCCCAACUACUGGUGAACGCACCGUACUCGUUGUUUUUGAGCUACACAGCAGAUGGGAAGAAAUGACUUUAGAAAAUUUUAAGAGAGUCCUUAGUCAUUACUUUGGAUCAAAUGCUGAUCUCUUUAGUCACAUUUACUUUGAUUAUGGAUCACUCAUUAUUAAGAUGCUGAUACCAACCUCAACCUUACAGUUUGUAACAGAUAUACUUAUUGCCAAGAGAAGCUCAAUGAAUAGAAUUGGUAUAUUUGAAGUUGCUAUCAAUGGAAGGACCAUGUUGAGUAUAGAUAGCACUGAUAUUAAUUUUGAAAAAUCACUUUUGGAUUCAGGAGAUGAUUUUGAGGCAACAUUGUUGUUGAGAUUAGGAGCUAAUUCUUACAAUGAAGGAAACAGACAAAGGCAACUUGCCAUCCUUAGUGAAGAAAGGGCUAAUUAUGUGGAUCAACAAUUAUCUGAAAUAGGAGAUAGUAUUACUAUUAGAGACAACUCACUUGUCGUUGUAUACAAUUGUGAAACACGUAGCUUCAUCCAAGUUCUAGCUCUAGUUUUAGGGUCUUUGGGAGAACUUCUGCUAAGAAAUCCUAGGCUCAGUGUAGCUUCUGCUAUUGUCUUUGGAGGAGUUUGUGGAAUGGCUAUCACAAAACUCCUUAUGAAUAUUGCUUAUAUUCGUUUUAUAUUUACCAUGUGUUUUGCAGUAGGGGGCUCAGUUGGAGCAUUUGCAGGGAUCACAGCUUUUGACAAAUUAAUGGGAUAUCCUGGUGGCUAUUAUCACAGAGUUACUAGAUAUAGGAUUGCUGUAGAUGUUGCUCGUACAUUGUUGGGGAUAGUAUUAAUAUUCUUAUUAUUUAUUACUGCUAUGAAUGUGCAUUUUAGUAUGAUAGACUCAUUCAUAAGUAUUCGUUAUGACUAUGAGACUCAUACUGUGUCUGUUUUCUUUGGAGCAUUGAUGGGAGCAGUAAGUGCUUUGACUGUAGGCCCAGAACCAAUGAUUAGACAAAUUUUGUCUGUAGGUUAUGAUACAAGGUCUAGUGUUGGAUUGAAAGUAUUACGUACUUGCAUUGGAAUAGGAACUGGAGCAAUAGUUGGAUCAAUUGCACUUAGUAAUUUCAUUCCAGAUGAGCAUACCUCAACUGCAGCAAUUGUUAUGGGUGGUCUAAUUGGAGCUUUUAUUGGUUAUAAGUACUGCUCAAACCUUUUAUCUUAUUAUUAUUAAUAAACAU